CCUAGGUACCAAAGCAUAAAGUAGGCAUUUUCAAUUUUCAUUAAUCAUUUUUUAUUUUGAAUUUGAAAUCUUAUGUCAAGACUGAUGGGCUUUUCCAAAAAUUAAGGCUUCAGAUAUUGUUUUUGGACUUUAGUCAAGAAAUAAAAUAUGGUGUCUUACUUUACAAUAGAUGCCACGGGAGAAGUUACCAAUUUUCAAAAAGAAAUUUCGAAUAUGAUGCAUGGUUUUGGAGAUAAUCCAAACCCAAACGCUGCAACAGUGGUGUUAGUUGAAAAUAUUGUCCUUCAACAAUUACGUACUAUGCUACAAGAAGCCUUAAAUAAUUCCAUUAGUCGAGGAGCAAAAGUUAUUACUAAUUUUGAUUUUAUUUUUUUGAUGAGGAAAAAUCCAUUAAAGUUAAAACGGUUGCACGAUUAUCAAAUUAAAUUAAACACAAUCGAAAAAAGUCGUCAAGCUACUGUUAGCACACCCACAGAAAAUAUUAUGCCCGCUUUAUUAGACGAAGAAAAGGACCCUCUUCGGAAGAAGAGAAAUCACAUUGAUAUAAUUAAAGACAUAGAUGAAGCUGAUGAAGUAAGUCAAAUAAAGUUUGAUAGCAUUGAUUAUUUACGAAAAGUAAGAGCAGCUAAGCUUACAGAGUCAAUGUCCUUUGAGAAGUAUGAGGCGUAUCACAAGGCCCGGUGCAGUUCAUUUAGAACAGGCUAUGGUAUGACUAAAGGUUAUCAUAAAUUAGAAAACUGGAUUAAUCCAACAAAGGAACUAAAAUUAACGCAUUCUGCCUUAGAAGUGCUGUGUUUCUUGGCUUAUGAAACUGUUGCUGAGAUUGUUGAUGCCGUAUUUUUAAUUCGCCAGGAUAGUAAAAAGAAGUCUGGAGAUCCCUUCAGUAAAUUUGAAGGUGGAUAUUUUUGCAAUCCCUUAAGUUUGGGUAAUGCAGUUUACAUCAAGUCUGGAUAUGAAGGUGUACCAGCUAUUACUGUAGCAGAAAUAAGAGAAGUUCUUCGAAGAUAUUUCACUCCAAAAGUAGGGAUGAAUGGCUUAUUCUACAGAAAUAUGAGUAAUGAUUUACCAGUGAGAUACAUAGCAAUAUAGAUCCAUGAUAGUUUUACUGAGUUUGUAGGAAAAUUCUCCUGGAAAUUCUAAUAACCUUCAAAAAACAAAGGAUCAAGUUACAUCCUUUAAAAAUGUAUAUCUAUAGAUAUGGAAAUAACUAUAGAUGAUUAUAAACUUUUAAAAUACAAUACCAUUUUUACUUUUAAUUAUAACAUAAAUUACAUGAAAAUAUAUAUACUUACAACAGAAAUUUUUUGAUCUUGUAACAAUUAAUUGGUUAUAGUGGUAACUCACUAUAUAUAUCUUGAAAUUUUUCAUUGUUUUUAUAUAAAUGUGCCAAAUAUUAGUAUUGUUCUAUUGUGGAUUCUACAUAUUAGGUAAUAUAAUUUAUUCCUUAAAGAAAUAAGUGUUACAUAUAUAUAUAAGUGUAUAUAAGUGUAACAGUACUGCAAUUGUAUGGUUUCAAUAUGUGGGUGCUGCUGUAUAUAUAAAAAGAUAAGACAUAAGAUCCAUUUAUAUGCAAAUGAUACAGACCUAGUACCUAUUUUCUUGUAAUGCUGAGCUAGCCAUUUGGUGGAGCUACGCCACUUGGGCCAAUUUUUGUUCUAACCUUUGUAGUGCAAGUGUAUUUUCAGUAUUGCUAUAAAAUGUCAUAUUUAUUAGUCAGAUUUAACAGAUAUUAAAAUAUUAACAUUGUUAAACUAUGUAAUGUACAUUUCUAAAAUAAGAAAUAGCAAACUCAUGAAGUUUUGUAUCAUACACUAAUUUUAAUUUAUCAUUCUUUAAUAACAAACUUGCAUCUAUUUUAAAUAUUGACUCAUCCAUGUUUAAUCAUUUCUUUAGCUAUAUUUUAUAUAUGUCAUAGAAUAAGAAGAAAAUAACAAAAAACUUAUUUGUUCAACUUUUAUGCAUCCCCAUGGAUUUUAUUUGGAGUCAUUGAGUGACUCCCUCAUAUCAGUGCUUUAAGUCAUGCAAGGGACAAAUAUUUAGAACACAAACAAACAAGUGAAUCUUUUAAAUAUUUUUAUUUAACAAACAAAUUUUUACAUAAAAAAUAAAAUGUCUUACUAAAUAAAUAAUAUCAAAAAUACAUCACAGUCAAAACAAUGGUAUCUUAAAUGUAAUAUCUGAACCUGAAACAAAUUGAGUUAUAUUCAUAUAAGUACUAAAAAUGGGUGACUUAGGGCCAGUUUGAAUCUGAUAUUAGAUAACUGAUCCUGAUUUGCAUUUUAAAACACUUGUCUGUCACAUAUUAGUAGUAUCUAGUAUAUUAGAAAUGACAUCAAAAAGAAUUCUUAAUUCUUUUAUGUCUUUCAUAUUAAUUAAUACCAAACUAUACAAUAGCAAUAUGUCUUUCCCUAGGUGUUAUGCAAAAAAAUAUCACCAAAACAGAUUGAUUAAUGAAAUGUCAAUGUCUGUAUCAGGUGGUAUUUGUGAGUAAUAUAAUUUAAUCAAUAAUAUGAAUAGUAAAGGAUUGCAAUAUUCAGAAAAGUAGAAGCACCAGUAUUUAUUUUUUAUUAUAAUUGGUCACUAUUAGAACGGAUCUAUUUAAAAAUAAAUAAACUGAAAGACUGAUUUUAAAAUUUUAAACAAUUUCAUCUAAUGAAAGGGUCAAUAUCAAUAUCAGUUAUAGUAUUUUUUAGCUUCAUACAAAGUUGAUUUAAGGAAAAUAGACAAUUAUUUUGUAUUUCAUGAUUUGUGUAAUUUACAUUUCACUUCUUUACACAGGGUUCCUAGGAAAGUACUCACCUAGGAACUUGUAAUACUUUGAUGUAUUUUUAUGCUGUGAAACAGGAAUGUAGCUAGCGAAACUACUGGGCUAGUGAGCCUUGACAACUUGUAUGUCUCAAUAUAUAUAUGAGUAUAUUGUCAACUAAUAACUAAGGACAAAAGAGGCCACAGAAUAGUCUGCUUCCCCAAGUAUAAAAAUGACUAAUUCAUCCAUCUUUAAUAUAAAUAAUAAUUAAUAAAAAAAUAUGUACUUUUUAAU